CCACCACCAUACCCCCCCUUCCUUCCCGCUGCCGCCGCCCCCCAGCCGCCACCAUGCAGGAGCUCAUCGCCAGCGUGGACCACAUCAAGUUCGACCUGGAGCUGGCCGUGGAGCAGCAGCUGGGGGCGCAGCCGCUGCCCUUCCCCGGCAUGGACAAAUCAGGCGCAGCUGUCUGUGAAUUUUUUUUAAAAGCGGCUUGUGGAAAAGGAGGCAUGUGCCCGUUCCGACACAUCAGUGGGGAAAAGACAGUUGUUUGCAAACACUGGCUACGAGGACUGUGCAAAAAGGGAGACCAGUGCGAGUUUCUGCACGAGUACGACAUGACCAAGAUGCCUGAGUGUUACUUCUACUCCAAAUUUGGGGAAUGCAGUAACAAAGAAUGUCCAUUCUUGCACAUUGACCCGGAGUCUAAGAUCAAAGACUGUCCCUGGUAUGACAGAGGCUUCUGUAAACAUGGUCCGCUCUGCAGGCACCGACACACUCGAAGAGUCAUUUGUGUGAAUUACCUAGUAGGAUUCUGUCCGGAGGGGCCUACCUGUAAAUUCAUGCACCCUCGGUUUGAACUGCCAAUGGGAACCACAGAGCAACCACCACUGCCUCAGCCGACACAAACACAGCAAAAGGUACACAAUUCCCCUGCCUCCCAAAGGUCUUUAUCCUCAAUGCACUUAACGAGUCAGAACUCUUCUAACCAACAGAGGACACCCCAAGUCAUUGGAGUCAUGCAGUCUCAAAACAACAACACUGGGAACAGAGGACCCCGGCCGUUGGAGCAGGUCACCUGCUACAAGUGUGGUGAAAAAGGUCAUUAUGCCAACAGAUGCACCAAAGGACAUCUGGCCUUUCUCAGUGGACAGUGAAAGAGCAGAACGAAGAGUGCAAGGGAGCUAUUAACACUGAGAAAAGGUUUCUGCCUAGCACUAUGUCUUGAACUAUUAAUCAGGUUGUUUUUUAAUGCCAUUACUGAAAGAACUGGUCAGAGGCUGGCUGCUGCUAAGCAACAUUUUUGUAAUUGUCCACAACUUUUUUUUAUGUUUUAACCUUUUUAAAAUAGAUUUUGGCCUCCGCCUAUUUUCAUUGAGCCCUGCUGAAAGGUAGAUCUAAAAGCCAAUAGAUACGCAAACCCCUCACCGGUGCAGCACUCUACGUAAACGCAUCUUACGCCAGUGUUUCUUUAAAGUGUUUUCCUUCUGCCACUUCUCUUUGGAGAGCCUGCAGCGUUUCAGCCCUCCCUGUGGAAGCAGGAAGACUGACUGGGAAAACUGAUACUUGAAAUGCCUUCCCUUCAGUGAGGAAGCAGGGAUUCUGCUGUCCUGUAGCUCUUAAAAAGCAAAGUCGUGUUCCCAGGUCCAGCCUGUUGUAGUCGGUAAGCUUGUCCUGGUGGCUGACUUAACGCGUCACGUACAUCAGGCUGUAAAACUCUCGUCCACUUGCUUUGUUUCUGUGCUUCUUGCUAUACUGAAGGUUAGAAAUUAAUCUUCUGGGUGAGAACCGAUCAAGGGGAGAAUAAAUUGGCCUCUCUGUGGUUAGCCAAACAACGAGGAGCAAUGAUUGUAGGAAAGCUGCACGUGUACUCAUUUUCUGUUUGCAAAAAGCAAGGAGGGAAAUGAACACGGCUUGAAGAGUAGGAAUAGAAGAGCCUUGUCUCAGCCCCCCCAGCGUCCAGCUCACACUGAGCAGGUAUUUCCGUAGCCUAGAGAAGACCAAGAAGUGGAGAUGUCUAUUCUUAUGGAACACUGCUUUUAAAAGUGGUAGAGCAUUCUUCCGAGAGCAAUUUUUGCAAGCCAAAACCCAUUCAUUUUGUGAGAAGACUAUUUCAAAAGGGCCAAUGAUAAAAUGUGAAUUAAAAAAAAAAAAUUGCACCUACAAUGUGAGCCUUAUUGAUUCUAACCCAUCUCUCAUUUGCUGACUGCCUUUAUACUUUGUUUUUAUUGAAAUGUACUGAUGGAAAAAGCUGGCUGUGAAUUUAUUUUUUUUUAAGAACAAGGUAAUAUGACGAGAUGAAGAGA